CCAACUUGUGCAAAAACAACAGAAGCCCUAGACUGUCAGUGAAUUAGCAGGUCAUCAAACCAGCGCUGAGUCUUAGGCUACUGGCAGAGCUGGGGUUCAAACUCCCAGGGUUUGAGGUGGCAGGAUUACCAUGCUGGCCAGAGUGCUUUUGGAAAUAGGUAUCAUGCGGGCCGCAUGUUUGUGCCAACCAAGACCUGGCGACACUGGCACCUCAGAGUGAACACAAUGCAGAAGAGAUAUGCCGUCUGCUCUACCUUGGCUGCCUUGGCCUUACGAUAUCUGAAGUUCAUCGUAUUGAGGAAGUUCUUGAACUUCCUUUGGUGGUGGAAGAUAAAGUUGAAGACUACAAGAAGACCAAGGAGGCUGUUUUGCGUCUGAAGAAACUGGAGGCCAGGAAUGAUAUCAAAAAGUUUUACACCUCUCAGUGAAUGAGAGCUGGCAGAGACCAGAUGAGAAACUGAUGCCGUAUGGAGCACAGGGACCCCUGCAUCGUCUAUAAUGAGGACAAGGUAUCAUCAAGGCCUUCAGAAACAUCCCUGGAAUUGCCUGACUUAAUGUAAGCAAACUGAACAUUUUGAAACUUGCUCCUGGUGGGUACGUGGGACAUUUCUGCCUUUGGACUGAAAGUGCUUUCCGCAUGUUAGACAAGCUCUGUGGCACUUAGUGUAACGUUGCCUCCCUCAAGAGUAACUACAAGCUCCUCACACAAGAUGCUCAACACAGACCUUAGCAGAAUCAUGAAAAGCCCAGAGAGCCAAAGAGCCCUGCCCCCUGACACCCCCCCUCCCCUGAGCACCAAGCAAGAAGAUUCAUCACAGCGUCCUGAGGAAGAAGCCACUGAAAACCCUGAGAAUUAUUUGAAGCUAAACCUGUAUGCAAAGCCCACAUGCCAGAACACCAUUCUGCACCAGGCCAAGAUCCACAAAAUCCUGAUGGAUAAGGCAGCCACAGCACUGGAGGCCAAAUCAGAUGAGAAGGGGGUUCCAGGCAAGAAGCCUCUGGUAGGAAAGAAAGGAUUGAAGCCCGUCGGCCGUAAGAAGCCUUUGGUGGGGGAAAAAAGAAAGGUUGCAGUGACCAAGAAACCAGCAUCUGAAAAGAAACCCAACACAGAAAAAAAAGAAGGCUGACGCGAAACUUAAAUUGGUGUAUUCCGUAAAGGUCAGAUCAUUUUGGACAGCUUAUUUUAUGUUAUUAUUUUACUUUAUUUUUUGCCUUCUUCUCUUUUAAGGGCCACAUCCGUGGCA